GCAUCUCCUGCGGGUAUGAUCACGCCAGUUUUAUGAUUUGUGCAGUAUAGCAUGAAUUUGAAACGUUCGUCGUCGAAGUAAUAAGUACUAUUUAUUAGUACUGUUUAAAAUAAUUAACGUACAAACUAAUUCCUCACAAAUAUGAAAUCCAAAAAGUCGGGUAAUGCUGCAGCAGUUUAUUUGAAAACUUAUAAUCUCGUUCAAGUUUUUGGCUGGAGUUACAUAUUUUAUAAGUUUUUGACCAAUGAUUUUUCUGCACCACAGUUAAAUUUGUGGCACGAUGUUAAAUGGCCAGUUAUUAUUUUCCAACAUGCUGCUCUUUUAGAGGUACUACAUGCAGCAUUUGGUUUAGUUAAAUCAAACCCUGUGCUCACAAUUUUCCAAGUUUCUAGUCGUAUUAUUAUUGUAAGCGGUGUAUUACUUGCUACUCCAGAAAGUUAUGCAGCAUCUUCUCUUGGUCUCCUACUUGCCAUUUCAGCAUGGUCAAUAACAGAAAUAAUUAGAUAUAUGUUUUAUUUUAUGAACUUAAAUGGUUUUGUACCACAUAUACUAACAUGGUUAAGAUAUACACUUUUUAUCAUAUUGUAUCCUGUGGGUGUAACAGGUGAACUGUUAUGUUUAUAUUCUGCUAUAAAAUAUGCAAGUUCUCACCCAGAUGCUUGGAGUUACAGACUUCCUAAUACAUGGAACUUUACUUUUAGUUAUUACAUGACUCUUGUAAUUGUAGGAUUAACAUAUAUUCCUGUAUUUCCCCAAUUAUAUUUGCACAUGUUUGUCCAAAGGCGUAAGACAUUAGGAGUUGAUGCAUCCAAGAAAGCUCAAUAAUAUAAAUAAAAUUUUAUAUGUAUAUUAUUA